AGUCCUAGCCUUUGGGGUAAAACACUGGGGUAAAUCCUGUACGGAAAUGCAUAAUUUGAGUCUGUAAAAGCCUUGGUACUAAUGCUGCUCCAUUUCUGAUACUAACACCAUCUUAGCUAACAAUGUUUGAUGUGAAAGUCUGGUGAUUGUGUGUGGAGAAGAGAAACUAAGUGUAUGGAACUGAGGAAGUUCGGUGAUGUGGGUCCUAAGCUAUGGCAGGUAUUUCCCUCCAGAGUCCGAGUGUUCUGCUGAUGGUUGGUUAUAAAUAUAAGUAUUUCUCUGGGCCCGAACACAGACAACUAGACCCAGGGGAGAUAAGGGAAAAGAGCCCAGUUCAUCAUAGCCCAGUCCAAGCUUCCUUGGCUGGAUUUACACACAUGUAACAUGUAGCCUAACCAAUACAGUAUUUACACACACAUGUACGGAUGGACGCACACACAAGGUCAACUAAAGUGUUGUCUAAUGGCGACAGUGUUCUGUGGCGAUGGAGAGCCCUUCUACAGUCAAACAGCCAGACCAAGAGGAUCCCAAGAAGGAGAAGACAGACGGAGAGCCGGGUGAGAACAAGGAAGAAGAAGAGAGACCACAGGUGAUGGACAAUGGAACACAAGAUGAACGCAAGCAGCGGUUUCCUAACCCUAACAGCGGUGGCUCUGAGUCAGUUCCUGGAGAAUAACCGGCAGCAGGUGAAUUUCCUGGAUAAAGCGGUACUGGAGAUUGGAGCAGGGACAGGUUUACUAUCUAUUGUGGCCAGUCUUCUGGGUGCCUGGGUAACAGCCACCGACCUGCCCGAAAUCCUUCCCAACCUGACCUUUAACCUCUCUCGGAACUCCAAGGGCCGCUGCCGCUACACGCCCCAGGUAACUGCCCUCACCUGGGGUCACGACCUUGAGAAAGACUUCCCCAGCACUUCCUGUCACUAUGACUACGUGCUGGCAGCCGAUGUAGUGUAUCACCACAACUACCUGGAGGAGCUGCUGGCGACCAUGCACCACUUCUGCAAACCAGGAAGUGGCACCACGCUGAUGUGGGCCAAUAAGGUGAGGUUCCAGUCAGACCUGAAGUUCACAGAGAGAUUUAAGAGUUGUUUUGAUACAACACUGAUGACAGAGCUAAAGGAGGGAGACGUGAUGAUCUACAAGGCCACGGCACGAGAGUGAAGAGAGGAGAGGGGGAGAGGGGAUAUAAUGGAGAGACCAGGGAGUAGAGGAGACUCUGAGCAAGAGAAAGAAGAGAUUUUUCUCCACUGUGGAUGGAUGAAACAGGAGCUCACUACAGACUGCCUGGAGCCCAUUGUGUGGGUACAUUCACCUCACCAACACACACUAUUAUUAMACAGACAACAAAAGCAGAUUCUGGGUUUCAAGGACAUUGCUGUGAGCUACAUUAUAUUUACAACCCGUGUCCUGCAAAAAAAAACAGAAACCAAAAUGAAUCUAAACCAUGUGACUUUUCAAAAUGCAAUUUUAUCUACCAAUGUUUUUUCAUACAUUAGAUACAUUGACAAAAUGUUUUGUAAAUAAAUUUGAUUUUCACUACAGUGUGAGAAAUGUGUUCAUUUCUCGCUACUUACGCAUAGUCUGCAUUGGCAUCAACACAGAUAUUCUGAAAGUUACUAUAUAUACAUAGACAUCUACUAGAGACAGUAUCACCUGCAUUUACGAUAAUGGCAAACAAACCCUUUUCCACUAUACAUGAAAACAGACUAGUUCAAGAAGGUAAGCUCUUACACUGAGUAUACAAAACAUUAACAACUGCUCUUUCCAAAGUUAGAAUCCCUUAUUGAUGUCACUUGUUAA